AUCACUCCUCCGGCUGCAGCAGAAUCAGCUUUUCUGAAUCUUCAAUCUCAACACUGAUCACUGAUGUGAUGUAUUCGUUUCGGAAUUUGAGGUUAUAAACACGUGCACAUCUCGAGAAUGGGUAGGCUCGCGGAGCUAGCUGGUGACGACGCUUCAGGAGAAAAAUCCAGGACUUUCGUUUUUCACGACGAGGGUCAUACGUUGGGAAAUGUGCUUCGUUCUAUAAUUGCACAAUACCCAGAUGUGAGUUUUUGUGGUUACACCGUACCACAUCCAGCAGAAACAAAGAUGCACUUCAGAAUACAGGCAAAAAAUGGCAGAGCAGUUGAUAUUCUAAAGCGAGGUUUGGAAGAUUUGGAGAAAGUGUGCGAUCAUACAGGAGCAACAUUUACAUCGGCGUAUGAAAAAUUCAAUAAAUCUCAAGACUCCAAAGAAUCUAAUUAACAGAAAGAAUAUUGUGUGCGAAAAACCGUUGUAAAUAAUACUCCAACUUUUGUAUGAAAAUGCCUAACCAGGAAAAAGGUUUUAGGUUGUAUAAGAAUGAAUAAAACGAAAUGAUUUUUCAA